AACCAUAUUACCAUUUUGCUCUUCGCUGGGCUGUUGAGAAGUUUCCUCUUAAAAGCUGAUUUAGUCACUUAAAAAGUAGGAUCCGUUUGCGGCAUUCAACAUGGAAACAGUUCCAACUGAUUUCAAUAAAAGGAUUUACCAAGGUGUCCGAGUAAAACACACAGUCAAAGAUCUACUAGCAGAAAAAAGAUCCAGACAAACAACUGGUUCUAGAUCACACAGCAGUGCCAACGUUUCCCAGGCUCCAUUUGUCCAAAUGUCAAGCUCACCAGUGCUGUCUGGAUAUUAUGGGGUUAGAAGAUCAUUUUUGCCUGAAUCUGAGUUCCAUAGUACCAAGCAAUAUCCUAAUGAUCUUUACUCUCCAACUCUGGGCCCAAAGUCAUGUGACCCAGCAUCCAUCCAAAGCUACCCACCUCUCCUGGAUCCAUAUUUUACUGAGUCUAUCGGUGACUAUCGGGGGGCUUCCAUUACAUCUGGCAGUGGCUCACUUUUUAGUUCGUCGUCAUUACCACCUCUAAUACCUAAUUUUUCUGGUGACCCAUCACACUAUUUACUGAGAGACUCAUGGGAACAGACUGUGCCUGACACCAUCAACCAGCUGGAUGUUCUGUGUCCUGAUACCUCACAGACUGUGUCUUCGUCUACAACUUGUCUUUCGUCCGAAGCAGGAAGUGCUCACUAUAGAAGUACAAGCAGAGGAUCAGCAGCUCAAGGUUCUCAGCCUUACUCUAUACAUGCUCUUGAUGAUGUACAUUACUCCACCAGUUUCCCAGCAGCAUCGUAUGCUUUCUCUCCUUUUAUGACUGUUACCAAUGAACUCACUCCCAAGAUGACUCACCAUCUCUCCCCAGAGGACUCCACGGAAACAAACUCUUUGCAAGAUAAUGCUGCAUGGUCAAAGGAUGAAGCAAAUACAGUAUGGGGCCCAUAUGAACUGAGAAGAAAUUACUGAAAGUGUAUUAUGUGUUAAAAGGAGGCAAUGAAAAGGUUGUUUGUAUAUAUUGGUUGCUUGAAAAGGACAUUUUUGAUACCUUAGAGAUCACCAAAUUGUGUGAUAUCAUUUUCCCUUUCAGCCACCACAAUUAUUUUGUUACCUCCCCACUGCCUAUGGGUGCGUGGAUAUCAAAUCUAUCCCUUUCUCUGUAAUUGUUUUAAACCUCAUGACUGUUUUGCUAUUAAGGAAAUUGAGUAAAUUGCAAAAAUAAUAACCCAGAAGAAAGCGUGCUUUUUAACACUCACUAUUAAUUAUUAGUUUUCAUGUUAGUUUCUUUGUCUAUGUCAUAUUGACAUGCUGGUUAAUGAACUUCGAAUUGACACUUUAAUGUUAAAGAGAAUAAAAAAAUCAUUAAUUUAAUCUUUUAGAGCCAUUACUUGCAAACUUAGCUUAUAACACUCAAUAUAACAACUCUCGAUAAAUUGCUAUAUAAGACACGUAAGGUCAUUACAUGUUUAUGAUGGUGGUUUAAAUCAAAUUUCACCAAUUUAUAUGCAUUGCUAAUUUCAAUGAUAUGAGCCAUCUUAGCUUGUCAUAAGGCUUCAUGUUUCUGAAUAUUUUGUUUCCAGACCCACUUGGUGAAUCCUGGUUUGUUCUAUCAGGCUUUGAAGAGGGAGUGUUGUGAAUAGACUGACUAAAGUAAAAUAGUGCAGCAAAUAUUGCUUUGUAAGUCCCUAACCACACUUUACUACUGUUAAAUAUUCUCUCAUUUAUUAACCAGAAUAAUAUUCCUAAAAUUAUUACAUUUUGAAAAAUAAAUUGUAUACAAUCAAGAUAACUUUAAUUCACACUAAAGGCACAUCAGUGCUCUCAUCUUAAAUUGUAUCUACGUUCCCAAAUGACCUGCUUCCUUUUGGAGAUAAUUUGUGUGUUUUUUUUAAUUCCAAGUAUAACAUUGUAUGUCAGAUUUAUCUGUUACCAAUUUAUCGUCUAAAUUGUAAAACUAAAAUGAACAGUUUGCUUGUGGUAAGUUCUUAAUAGACCUGUUGAAUAUAAAAAUCCCAUCUUCACCAAAAAUAUAUCAUUCACCUCUUGAGAAAAGUCUGAGUUGGACUGUGUCACUGCAAUGUGACUGUAUAUUUGAUUUUUGUUUUCUGGUAUUACAAAGGAAAUGCAAUAAAACUGGACUUACUAUACAACAGCAGUUUGUUUAAAUUGGUACCCAUAUUUAAAGGGUAGCAUCGUGUUUAUUUAAUAAUGAACUGCAUUAUAUCCUUCACAAACAUGUAUAGUUCUAA